CUGAAAUCGUACCGAAAGAACAAGAAUCGAACGAAAAUAAAUCAAUUGGUUGAUACUAGCUCAUGAAAAUAUAUUGAUAAUUGGAUAUUGAGGUGAAAGUAUCUAUCCCGUCCUCUACCAAUUGACUAGAUCAAUUACAGUAUAUGACGCCAAGGUUAAGAAUUUGUGUCGAGUUCAAAAAUGUCAGCAGAUGGUAUUCUUUAUGAAUUCCUCGCACGGGAAAGAGAAGAAUUACGAGGACUUGAAAAUGAUUUAGACUUAAAACCAAACGGAGAAAAUAUUGUUUCUGAAAAGCCGCAGCUGGACGAGGAGCCGGAAUGCAUAAAACGUUGGGCCAUAGGUUUUCAAAAACGAAUAGAAGUCAAAGAUGAUGCAGAACGCAAAAACAUGACGGUACUAGAAGAACAGGGACUGAAGGAUUUGCAUGAAUGGGCAAUUCAGUACCGUGAUUCUCUUGCUCGGGGACAAAAACUCAGCCGCGCUCAUGACAAAGAACUUCAAAGUACUCAACAAAAAGCUGCAGAAGCAUCAGCCAGAAUGUCACAGUUGGACGCUGGUCAAGCUGUUCUGUGGGAAAGAGUGUGCCAGUUGUGUAACUUUGUCACUUCUGGUAGUGAAGAGACAACAAACGUCCAAACCGUCCCGAUAAAUGCAAAGGAUAAUCAACGAGAUCUAAACAGGAUGCGCGUGCUCCUCUUACAAUUGAAGAAGAAUCCUCCGGCUAUACAAUCUAACAACAUUCGAUCCCACUAACGUAUGAGCUUACUGUCAUUGAAGUGCAAUAUUUUAUUUAAAAACUGAUCUCGUAUAUUUGACUUCAUGGUAGACUAGCAAGUUAACAUUCCCAUUGUCUCAUGACUAUCUUUAUCUGUGUUCGCAAUUGUCUUCUUAGUAAAACUGACUUCUGAACUUUGGUUUUUACAACGAACUUCCUCAUUCUAUAAAUUUUGGAAAAAACGCAAAAAUCACCGCCCUAUAAUUCUCGUUGUUAGGUUCAAUUUAGUUAGUGUACAAGUAUUUCGAGACGAAUUAGUUAUUUAUUGAUGUUGCAAAG